AGCCUGUGACGUUAGCACACCACACCAGUAACUAGGAAAGGACAAGGACUCAUUUAUUUUCUGCUAAAAUAUUUUUUCUAUUUUGCACUCCAAAGGCUGACCUCAACACUGCUUACUUCUACUCUCUCUCUCUCUCUCUACUCACUCUCUCUCUAGAAUCCAAGUUUCCGAUUUUCCUGAAGAAAAAUCCAGUCGAGGUGAAGUCUUUCUCUUUACUAAAUUCGAGAUCUUGAUCCAGAGAAAUAUCAAUUAUGGAGGAGGAGCAAGUUGAUGUGGGUAAAGAUAGUAGCGGUGGCGUUUCAGAUUCGCCGUUGAGCGGUGAUUUACCCUUGCCCAGUGAGACAGCUGUCGAAAGUACGGAUAUCGACAAUCCGGUAGAGGAGUCUUUUGAAGAAGAAGAUGAAGGGGAAAUAAUGGUGGAAAUUGUGGGGUCAGAUGUGUUUGUUGAUGGUGUCAGUGGCCUCAAAGAGGGGGAUUUUGUUGUGUCUGAAGAAGUUGGUGGGGUUUGUAAGAAUAUCGAAGAAUCUCGGGUUACGGAUGUUUCGGAAGCUAUGGAUGUUUCCGAAAAAGAAUAUGCUGUUACGGAAGAAGUAGAUAUUUCCUUGUCUGAAUCUGUUACUGCAUUGUCUUCAAAAAGUGUUAAUGUUUGGAAUCCCGGAAAUGAAGAAAUGGCCGUUUCUUUAUCGGUGGAGACAACAUCUGUGGUGAUUAGUGAAGAGAGGACGGUUAUAAAUGAACCUUCGAAAGAUUCUGCGGAAGCUCUUGUUGGUGUUUUAGAGAAAGAAGAUGAAUUACUAUUACCCUCGAGUAAUUCGCAAGGGGAAAAUGAAGAAGCACAUGGUGGUGAAACUGCACCGUCUGAGUUGUCUGCAAACCCUAAUUGUGACGGUUCCGGAAAUGUCAAGGUUGAUGGGGGUGAUAGUGUUGCUGGAGGAGAGUUUUUGAGUGCUGACAUGGCCAAAGAUGGUGAUUGUCUCGUAGAGGACAAAUUUGUUGAUGAAAAAGAAGUUGUUGCUGCUGAAAGUCAGGUCUCGGUUCUUGAAAUGUCUGAGAAUCAAGGUUGCGUAAACGAGUCUCGUGAAAUAAAGCCCGAUUCAAGUCAUGGGAGUGAGGGUGUUUCGCGUGCUAGUACAGAGACCAUUCUUGAGGAAUCUGUUGCAGGUGCGGAAUUUGAUGAUGUAAUGGAUUCUGAAGAUGGAACAUCAAACAUUAAUCCGGAGAUUGAUGAAGUCUUAUUAGAGACUGAUAUGGUUGAUCAAAGCCACUUUGUCUCAAACGAACCACCUCAUCUGGCCGAUGAAAGUGAUACUGCUGUAGUAAACAAAGACGAUGGUCCAAAUGAUGAAAUCGAAGCUGAUAAAGAGGAGGAGAAUCAGACAAAUACGACGAGCCCAAUUUUGCCAGAAGAUGAGGAAAUUGUACAAGCAGAUUCGGGUGAAGUAACAGAGCAUCAGAAAGUAAUGGAAGUUGUGGAUGUGGGUGGAUUUAGUGAAAAGGGAGGUGUUGAAAUUCCGGCACUCGAUGCUUCCUCGGAGAGCAUGAAGCUUCUAGAAGAAGGCGAGGAGAUAUUACGAGAAGAUUCAGACAUGAUUGAGGACCAACAACCUGUCGUUGACACAACAGUGGGUGGAGUGACAGAUCACCAGAAAGAAAUGGAAGUUGUCGAUGGAGGUGAAAACAUUGAGACGAUGGAUUUUGAAAUCUCGGAGCAGUCUUUAGUGGGCCCGGAAAAUGCCGAAAUUCCAGCUGAUGUCAGCAUGACAGAAGAUCAUGUUGUAUUGGACAACGUUAUUGAAGAGCGUGGUGAUUUACCUCAAGGUAAUGAAGAAGAGGUUCCUGCAGAAGGGGUUGAAAAUCUCGAGAGUAUUGAUUUGAUCCAGUUUGUGGACGCUGAUAUUGCACCGAUUUCUGAUAUCACUCAAGUCAACAUCUUGCCAGAGUCAACUGAAAAGCCAGAAUUGGAUAAUUUCACGGAAACAAACGGCUUUUACAUUGCGGACGAUCACACCUCCGAUGAAGCAGAACUCAUGGAUGAAGAAUUAGAAACCGAAAAUUCAAAAUUCUCUAACGAAGAAACCACGAAGUCCGUGAGAAUGAACCUAUCAAGUUAUUUAUCACCUCCAGACAGCGAGGGUACUUUCGCCAUUUCAGAUUUGGUCUGGGGUAAAGUCCGGAGCCAUCCAUGGUGGCCCGGACAGAUAUUCGAUCCAGAAGAUGCUUCAGAAAAUGCCGCCAAAUAUCACAAGAAAGAUUCUUACUUGGUAGCGUAUUUUGGCGAUCGAACAUUCGCUUGGAAUGAUGCGUCUGUGUUGAGGCCGUUCAUGUCAUUUUUUCCACAAAUCGAGAAGCGGAGUAGUUCCGAAACGUUUCAGAAUGCGGUGGAAUGUGCCUUGGAGGAAGUUUCUAGAAGGGUGGAGCUAGGUUUGGCGUGCUCGUGUGUACCGAAAGAUGCGUACCGUAGGAUCGAAGCUCAAGUUGUGGAGAACACUGGUAUACGCGAGGAGUCACACCGUAGAUACGGUGUGGAUCAUUCUACCGGAGCAGCUUCUUUCGAACCUGAUAAACUUCUCGAUUACGUUAGAAACUUGGCAGCUCGUUCAUCUUGUGGGGCCGAUCAAUUGGAUCUUGUCAUCGCUCGAGCACAAUUAUCUGCAUUUUAUCUAUUUAAAGGGCACCGCCCCAUAACUGAGUUUCCACCAACAGGAGAAUUGCUCGAAAUUGAUCAGAAAGAAUUAGCGGAUGAAAUGGAAUAUUCCCCUGAAGAUGCAGAAGAUGAGUCAGCUGCCUCGAGAAAACGGAUAGCAACAACAGAGCCUCUAACCACAGUACCUAUCCCAACAAGUCAAACUCCCAAGCCUUCGUUCAAAAUUGGGGAGUGCAUUCGUAGAGUCGCCAGCCAAUUAACAGCCGCCACGUCAUCAGUGGAAAAAACAACAGCUGUUGUUUCUCCGGAAGCUUCUUCAGUCGAAGAGAUGCUAUCACAGCUCCAGCUGGUGGCGCGGGACCCGAAGAAGCGUCACACCUUUAUGAAGACUAUCCAUAAUUUCUUCAUGGGGUUCAGAAGUUCGAUUGCUCUGAAUAAACGUGGCAGGAAGAAGAAAUCUGAUUCAGCAGUCGGUGGGUCCGGCGAAGAAUUCGAAUUCGAUGAUGUGAACGACUCUUAUUGGACGGACAGGAUCGUCCACAACUACCCGGAGGAGCAGCUGAUUACUACUACUAAUAAUAAUCGCGAAAAUGGGGCGGGGAGUAAUUUUCAACUGGUGACUUUUGAUGCUGAAAAAUCGGGGAAAGCGAUCCGCAAAACGAAUUCAAGAAAGAGAUAUUCGACUGGUAUUUACCCAACCGAAGCAACGGAAAUAGACGAGGGUGUAAAAAGGAGAAAGCAAGAAUCUUCGCCAGCCGAGUUGAUCCUGAACUUUGCUGAGAGGAAAUGUGUUCCUUCGGAAAUUAAUCUGAAUAAAAUGUUCAGAAGAUUCGGGCCUUUGAUGGAAUCUGAAACGGAAGUUGAUCAUGAAACGGGGUGUGCUAAAGUGAUAUUCAAACGGGGUUCUGAUGCAGAGGUUGCUCGUAAUAGUUCGGAAAAAUUCGGGAUUUUUGGGCCGGUUCUUGUGAACUACCAGAUUGGAUAUUCGCCUUUGAUCUCGGUGAAAGUCUUGCCUGUUGAAAUUCCUCAGUUCGAAGAAGAUAUGGAAUUGAUGAUGUAGCUUUUGGAGUAAUGGUGUUUCUGUUACUGCGGAUUUAUUUUGUCUAACUUACGAUGAUCUUUAUUGAACACGAGUGGAGAACCGAGAAAAAAAGACGAAGAAGCUGUUCAGAGAGUUGGCUGGUGUAUGUAGUAGCAUGAACAAUGGUUUGUGAUUGUGGAAUUAUCGAUUUAUCGAGUAGAGUUUGUGGUUGUGGGAUUAUCGAUUUGUUUUGUACUAUGUUGUAUUUUUAGGAAUAGAAUUUAAGGAAGUUGUCUGAUGUGUUGUCACUUGUUUUUAUGCAAUGUUAGAACUAGUGUUAGGAUGCACCUUCUGUAUUGCUCUGGUUUAUGAUCUUACCAUGGGAUAAUUACACUUUUGGUCCCCCAAGUUUGCCCGUUUUUC